UCAUCAGCAAAACCUUCAGCUUCCAGUUCUAGCAGAAUUAGCUAUAACAAAUAACAGCUCAGAUGAACAAAUACAAAUGAUAAUCCAAAAAGAUCUCUUACCAGAUACAGAAAUACUACCAAGAAAUGAACUUGUUAUUUAUAAUUAUAGAACAUCACAUCCAUCUGCAAGUCACAUCCCCAAAGCAGCUUCUUCUUCUGAUAAAAAUGAAGAAACAGAUGGCUUUAUCAUAGUUAUAAAUAGGAAAACCAAAAAAGAAAAUAGAACAUCUAAGAAAGAUGAAUCAAGAUUAUCUUCUUACAAGAAAACUUAUAUAGAAGCAAGCUACUCCUAA